AUAAAAAUGAAGCUGCCCGCGGCCGUGAUUGGGCCCCGGGCCUUACUUUGGACAUCUCUCUCUCUGCGCAUGCUCAGUGCAGCGCCUCGUGCGGCCUGUAGGGGGCGCGUGCGCCACCCUAAUUUGUUGACAUACGUCACAAAAAGGCGACUGAAGGCGAUAAUACCGUUUGUAGUGUGUGUGUGUGUCUGUGUGUGUGUGUGUCCGUGAGGAAGCAGACACACAACCGACGGACCGUCCGUGAGCGCGAGGCCAGCUUCAAUGGUUGGACUGUAGCGCACCAGCAGGGAUGAGGAUCCGGCUUCAGGGUCCCGGCCACGCUGCCAGCCUUCUCGCCGAGCUCAACCGCUGCCGUCAAUCCCGACGAUACUGUGAUGUGUUCCUGCAAGUCGGCAACCGCACGUUCGCCGCGCACCGCGCCGUGCUGGCCUGUGCCGGGACGUACUUCAGCAACCUGUUCGCCCGGGCUUCGGCUUCGGCCUCGUCCAGCGCCGCCCUCUCUUUGGAGUUCAUCUCCCCGGCCAACUUCGAGAAGGUGCUGACGUUCGUGUACACGGGGGAGAUCUUGACGGAUCUCAUAGAUGUCGGGGUGCUGUACGAGCUGGCGGAGAGGCUCGGCGUUAGUGAACUGGUGCAGGCUUGUCACGCCACCUUCCCCGACCUGCAGGCGUCUGUGUCUGCAAACUGUAAAGCGGGCGGCUCAGACCUGACCCUGGACUCCAGCAUGGGCGCCGAUCCUGCGUCCACAGUUGUUGCAGCGUCUGUAUCUGCGUCGUCUGUGUGUUCGUCCGCCGCAUCCUGCUCUUCCCUGUCGUCUUCGGCUGCCGCGACGCCUGCUGCCGCUCCCUCGCCUCUCUUCCAAGCCAGGACGGCCAGGACAGCCAGCCGUGAAGCUCACAGCGCGGCUCUGUCUCUGGACCUGAAGGCAGAAGACGUCCAGUCUCAUAUCGGCUACGGGCAGAUGGCAGCAGAUCAUCAACCACCAGGAGGACACAGUCUUCUAACCAGCAGUCAUUCCAGUGAGUGUGAUGGCGUGCUGCCUCCGGGGCCGGUGCUCCAGCUGAAGAUGGAGCAGGGCCUGGAGGAGGAGGAGGCGGAGGGCAGCUGUGACGCCGACAGAGACAGACAGAUAGUUUCUGAGAGCGCGGGGAACUCUCUGCCUCAGAGCAGCGACGCCGCCCCGUCAGACUCCUGCUCCUUCCCCGACUCUUCGGCUCAGCUCGGAGCAGAGGCCUGCGACCCGACGUCGUCCUCCGGCGAGCCGCUCAGCAGCCUGCAGGUGGGAUCGGUGGAAGGCGGCGGGCUGAUGUUUGGGGAGGUGGAGGACGGAGAGAACGAGGAGGAGAGGGAGGCUCUGCAAGGCAACGGAGCAAUGGAGGGGACGGAGGAGGAGGAGCAGUGGAGACGGCUGGCCGGCGAGAUCAUCGAGCUGAGCGACGACGAGAACUUCAUGGAGGAGGGAGACGAAGAGGACGAUGAAGACGACCUUGUGUGUGUGGAGAACGGAGAGGGAGGGAACUCGAGCGGCCAGGUGACGGGGAACAUGCUGUCGUGUAAAGCCUGCGCGGCGCCUCUCCCAGCCGACCCGGCCUCCAUCAGAAGGCACGCCGAGUCCCACCUGACGGAGCUCGGCCUCUGCAGAGUGUGCGGCGCCUCGUUCCAGGACCGGGCCGCCGGCGUCACACACACCCUCUCCCACGUCGGGGCGCAGCUCUUCACCUGCGACAUGUGUCACCUGCAGUUCUGCAGCCAGAACAAACUGCUGCGGCACCACCGGCAGGCGGCGUCCAGCUACACGAUACCGCAGGGAGCGCUGACCAACGGCGGCCAAGGCCUGAGCGCCGAGCUGCAGUGUGCCGUGUGCACCAAGACCCUCAGCAAGGACUUCCAGACCGUCAAAGACCACCUGCUGAGCCAUGUGUGCGCUCAGAGCCUGAGCUGUGGAGUGUGUCACCUCCCUCAGCUCUCCCUGUGCUCCCUGCUGUGGCACGCCCUCGCCCACCUCUCUCUGCCCGUCUUUACCUGCCCGCACUGCGCCCGCUGCUUCGUGGAGCGCUCCCUGCUGGACAGACACAUGGCCGCGCACGCCGAGGAGGCGGCGGCGAAAGAGAGGGAGCGCUCGGCGCUGAGGGCUUACGGUGGCGGCGUGGCUGGAGCGGAGGAGCUGCAUUGCUUCCUGUGCCCGCAGACUUUCCGCACGUCCUCGGCUUUUCAGUACCACCUCAGCCUGCACACUGACUCCCUGGGGAGCGGCGGAGGCGCUGGGGGUCAGGGCUGGCUGGGCAAGCGUAAAGCUGACCAGUCUCUGGAGUGCCCUCCGUCUUCCUGCUCCUCCUCCUCUCCACGGGAGGCCGGUGGCCUCGUUAAAAUGAGCAACCUGGGUUUGGGGUUGGGGAUGGGCUUCAGCAUGCCGGAUAAGUUUUUCCAAGGGUCGGUGCACAACCUGUCCUCCGGGGUCGUGACCAACGGGAGCUCAGGGCAGGACGGUGGAUCCGGUACGGCGGGCGUUCGUGGGAAAUGGUACCGGUGUCGCUACUGCGGCAAACGCUUCGCCCACUCGGGCGAGUUCACCUAUCACCUCCGCAUCCACACCGGGGAGAAGCCCUACCAGUGCAAAGUGUGUCAGCGCUUCUUCAGAGGCCGCUCCACCAUGAUCUGCCACCUGAAGACGCACGCCGGCGCCCUCAUGUACCGCUGCACCGUCUGCGGCCUUUACUUCUCCACGCUGAAGCUGGUGUCGUCGCACAUGGAGCUCCACAAGGACCACCUGCCCCCGGACUUCAACAUCGAGCAGACCUUCAUGUACAAUGAUCACUCUAAAGAACCGAUGCCCACUGUGGACACCUGAGCGGCUCCGAGCGCCGGCCCGGUGUGUCUCUCCUCGACGACACUUCCUCUGUGUCUGGUUAUCGUGGACCACAAACUGCAUAUGAUUGUUUUCAUCAUCGAUUCAUGUUUUUGAUUAAUCGUUUAGUCUGUAAAAAUGUCCAAAAAACAAGAAGAAAUGCCAAAUGAGUUAAAGCUGACAUCUUUAAAUAACUCACCAACAGUCCAAAACCCAAAGAUAUUAAUUUAAGAUGAUUAUAAAAGAGAGAAAAGCAGCAAAUCCUCGCGUUUGAGGAGCUGGAACAAGACAAAGUUGGCAUUUCUGCUUGAUAAAUGACUUAAAGCAACACUGUGUACCAAUACUAACGAGUAGAAAUACCAAUUUCUGUCUUUUUUUGUGAUUUAGUGCCUCCAGUUUCAGAGUGUGAUCCCACUGUGGUUAACAAACAUCAACAAG